AACAAUGGACAUCUCAAAUUCAGGAAAGCUUCCCUAAAUUCCGCUGAAAUGCCUGAAUGCAAAACGGUGCUCGAUCGCUCCCAUUCGUUGCCGGAAGGCGGGUUGAAUGAGAAGUCCCUGGAUCACCAGUUUUCACCAUCUUCUUUAUUUACCCACGGUCACACGGACGUUUUUCAUCCUUCCCCAAGUUCUCCCACUAUAAUUCAAAAGCGACUUUCGCAACUAACUCCUCAUCUGCCAGAAGAAGCAAGCCAGCAUCCUCAUUCAGACAUUUCAGAACUCUGCGGCAACGAAUCCCUGCUUGUAUAUUUUUCUAAGGUCUGGGAAGAGGACCGUUUUCUGGUUUUUUUAUUUCUCGCCAAUAAAAGCCCUUCCGUUCUGAAAGACGUAAGUCUGGAAUUCCAGCACUCCGAACAUUUUAAGAUGGUGGAAAGUCUUAACUGCCAACUUGCUGUGAUAGAAAGUAAAAAUAUAGAAAACUUCCAGAUAUAUGUAGAGAUGGAGAAACCCUGUUCUUCAGGAAAAAUCUUUGGUUGCAUCAGUUAUCCAUUAGAAUCGAAUGUCCAUCUCAGAUUUUCUAUCUCUUUAGAGCUGCUGGAUUUUAUUAGACCAAUGAAGAUGAGCACGGAUGAAUAUGGAAAACUGUGGCUCUCCAUUUCAAAUGAAGUCAAACAAAAUCUAAUGGUGGCACCAUCUCAAGGUACCCUGUCCAUGAUGCUAGACAUCCUUCAGCAAAAAUUGAAGCUACAUAUUGUUGAUAUCAUAG